GCGGCGCCGCGCUCGAGCUCGACCCAGUUUGAAAGUGAACCAACGGCUCCAGUCGCUGCUUCCACCACCAAACAACAACAAGAACCAGAACUCCGACCCAAAACCUGAUCCCUCCGCGUGCACCCGGCCCUCCUGACGAUCCGUCAGUAUGAUGCGUAAAGACGUCAACAAGCCGAAGGGGAAGACGUCGGCGUACGCCUUCUUCGUCCAGACGUGUAGAGAGGAACAUCGUAAGAAGAACCCCGAGCAGUCCGUCAACUUCGCCGAGUUCUCCAAGAAGUGCUCCGAGAGAUGGAAGGGUCUGACUGCUGGGGAUAAGAAGUGUUUCGAGGACAUGGCCAAGGCCGACAAGGUCCGCUACAACCGUGAGAUGAGGGACUACGUCCCCCCCAAAGGCUUCGGGAAGAGGGGACGCAAGAGGAAAGACCCCAACGCACCCAAGAGACCCCCGUCAGCCUUCUUCGUGUUCUGCAGUGAGUACCGGCCCAGUGUGAAGCAGCAGUUCCCAGGUCUGUCUAUAGGAGACUGUGCCAAGAAGCUGGGGGAGAUGUGGAGCAAACUGUCCCAGUCUGAGAAGCUGCCCUACGAGGAGAAGGCCCAGAAACUACGGGAGAAAUAUGACCGGGACAUGGUGGCCUACCGUGGGGGGGGCGCCCCGACGUACCCCAGGAACCCCGGCUCUUCAGCUCAGGGAGGAGAGGAAGAGGAGGACGACGAAGGAGAGGACGAAGACGAUGAUGACGAUGACGAAUAGACAGAGAGACAGACGGAUAGAGAGAGAGACUGUCUCUGGGGUGUGUGUGUGUGUGUGUGUGUGUGUGUGUGUG